UUCCACACCGCAACUCCAUGGCUCCUCCUGCACGUGUUCCGAUGCGUGUAGAAUGCUGUAGGUACACACAUCUAGUACAAGGAACGCGCGGUCUGUGUCAGAAACGCCCAAGCAAGCUGUUGAAAAUGACAGUGUAAACAGUCAAGAUCUCUACAGGACAAGAAAGCAAGCAGUCAAUUGUUGAUUUCUCUGACUAGCACAUUGGAUCAAUCUGCAAGGAGAGGAGUCAUCUCAAGAAGUUUUGGCCUAAAGGCCAGCCCAGUCCAAUCCUAAUCAAGGCUCAGUCAAAAGAGCUUCGCGUAAACCACUUCCAGCAAGUUAAAGACUUGUUAUAACACUUAAAGACUCCAAUUCAUCCUUCCAUUAUUAUGAGUAAUGCCAAUUCCGAGGCAACUGUCAGUAGCAAUGCCAGCAGUGCGGUGCCUAGGGCAGAGGAGGACGACGAUGUCGGUCAUGAGGCUAGCUCCCCGGGCCUGAGUGGCAGCUCGCUGUCCAGUGGGAAGCACAAGCCAUCCAAUGGGAAAAGGGACACCAGGGCUCCUCGACGAGCCAACCUGGACGACACGGAUGGCCUGUCCAGCGGGAAUGACUCGGCCGAGAGGGAAAGCGAGGGCCGUGGUGGGCGAGAGGCCUCCACAUGCAGCUCGCACAACGGGAAAGACUCAGCCAUGGAGACUACAGAAAGCAAGAGCUCAAACUCCCAGAGCCCAUCUCCCCCCAGCAGCUCUCUGGCCUACAGCCUACUGAGUGGGGGCAGCUCGGAGCAGGACCCCCCCAGCACCAGCGGCUGCAGCAGCGACCACCCGGCGCGUCUGCAGACCCAGCGCGAGCUGCUGAAGGCCCUGCGCGAGCUCAAGAUCCGCAUGCCCGCCGACCACAGGGGCAAGGGACGCUCCAGCACGCUGGCCACCCUCCAGUACGCCCUCAACUGCGUCAAGCAAGUCCGCGCAAACCAGGAGUACUACCACCAGUGGAACGUUGAGGAGACCCACGGAUGCUGUUUGGAUCUCUCCACUUUUACUGUUGAGGAACUGGACAACAUCACCUCUGAGUACACACUCCAAAACACGGACACGUUCUCUGUGGCGGUGUCCUUCCUGUCGGGCAAGGUGGUGUACAUCUCUCCCCAUGCCUCCUCCCGGCUGUGCUGUAAGCCCGAGCACCUGCAGGGGGCGCUCUUCUCAGAGCUGCUGGCGCCACAGGACGUCAGCACCUUCUACAGCAGCACCUCACCCUGCAAGCUGCCCGCCUGGCCCUCCUGCAACAGCUCAGACUCCCCAGGAGACUGUGCACAGGAGAAGUCCAUGUUCUGCCGGAUUAGCGGUGUGAAGGGGAGCGAGGCUGAGGUGCACUACCACCCCUUCCGCCUGACGCCCUACCAGCUGACCCUGAGGGACUCGGACAUCUCCCAGCCCCAGCCCUGCUGCCUCCUCAUCGCAGAGAGAGUGCACUCCGGAUACGAAGCUCCUCGUAUCCCUGAUGAUAAAAGAAUCUUCACUACGAGCCACAGCCCAAGCUGUCUCUUCCAAGAGGUCGAUGAAAGGGCUGUGCCUUUGCUAGGCUACCUGCCACAGGACUUGGUGGGGAAUCCCAUGUUGUACUACCUUCAUCCUGAGGAUAGGCCCCUGAUGGUGGCCAUUCAUAAGAAGAUUCUGCAGUUUGCCGGCCAGCCGUUUGAUCACUCGUCCCUGCGCAUGUGUGCGCGGAGUGGGGAGUAUCUCACCAUCGACACCAGCUGGUCCUCUUUUAUCAACCCCUGGAGCCGCAAAGUGGCCUUCAUCGUGGGACGCCACAAAGUCAGAACGAGUCCACUGAACGAGGAUGUGUUCACGCCCCCUGCUGGCAGUGAGGUGCGCAGCGUGUCCCCCGACGUGGCUCAGCUGAGCGGGCAGAUCCACCGCGUGCUGGUGCAGCCCGUCCACUCCGGCAGCUCGCAGGGCUACGGCAGCCUGGGCAGCGGCACCGAGCACCACGCCAGCACCGGCUCCUCCAGCGAGAGCACCGGGCCCGUCAAGGAGCUCCGCAACCAGCCACUCAGACCCAUGACCUUCCAACAGAUGUGUAAAGACAUUCACAUGGUCAAGAGAAAUGGUCAGGAUGUCUUCAUGGAGUCAAGAAACAGACCACAACCUUGUAGACAUUCUAACACAGUGGCUCGAGUGACCCAGAAAUCUGCAGAAAUUCUCAAAGAGGUGGCUCCACCUGCACUGAAAGCCCCCCCCGUGCCAACCUCCCCUCCCAGGAAGGAACAGGUGGCGAGCUACUCAUACCAACAGCUCAACUGCCUGGACAGUAUCAUACGGUACCUGGACAGCUGUAACGUGCCCAACACGGUGAAGAGGAAGUGCGGCUCGUCCUCCUGCACCACCUCCUCCACCUCCGAUGACGACAAGCAAGACGCUGCCGCCGGAGUCAAAGGUAUAGCCAAUACGCUGGUGGCAGCGGAUGGGUCCAAGCCCCCAGGUGCCACUCACGCUCUGACCCCGCUCGCUCUGCACUGCAAGGCUGAGAGCGUGAUCUCCAUCACCUCUCUGUGCAGCUUCAGCAGCACCAUCGUCCACGUGGGAGACAAGAAACCUCCGGAGUCAGAUAUUGUGAUGAUGGAGGAGGCUCCCACCACCCCCACCUUCACACCGACCCCAGCCCCCUCCGCCACGCCCACGCCGACCCCGACCCCCAACUGCAGCGGCACGAUCCAGCCGCCUCCUCAGCCCUCCGCCUCCGCCUCCACCUCCACCGCGCUCCUCGACAAAGACAACCGCAGGGCUGUUGGCGUGGCUCCGGUGGGCCUGACCAAGGAGGUGCUGUCCACUCACACGCAGCAGGAGGAGCAGGCCUUCCUCAACCGCUUCAAAGACCUGAGCGAGCUGCUCGUGCCUCAGCCCAUUCCCAGCCCUCCGCGCCGGCAAGCCACAACACCAGGAGGCAAAGACUCUGGUGUCCGUAGCUCUCAAGAUUACCCAGCAGGAGGAGGGACCGGCGGGCGGAAGCGCGGCCGAGGGGGUAAGAGGCGGAAGCACCACCCCGAGGGCUCCCAGCUGGGCAGCUACCCCGCACCCUUCACCGCGCCUCCCCACGCCGCCGCCGCCCUCCCCGAGAUGGCCAGCCACGGCUGCUUCCCCUCCAGCCUGCACCUCCCCAUGGGCCCCCAGACCUCCUCGUCCUCCUGGCCGGCCUCCGUGGGCUCCCAGGCCAGCAUCCCGCCCAGCAUGCCCCAGUUUGCCCCGGGGUGCCUGCCUUUCUACCCCGUCUACCCCGGCCAGAUGCCCGCCUCGCCAGUCAUGCCCCCCAUGGCGCCGCCGGUGAUGGCGUUGAUUCUGCCGCCCGGCUACAUGUACCCGCAGCUCAACGCGCCGAUGGCACAGAUGAACCCGAUGGCACAGAUGAACCUCGCAGGCGCCGCGCCACUCAACACUCCCAUGCCAAGCUUCGCCCAGAACGUGGCGGGCGCACCCCAGAUGAACCUCCUUGCCCCCCAGUUCAACACCCCAAUCCCGCAGAUGAGCCCGAUGAACCCCAUUCUGAACCCAGCGGCCGUGGGCCAGCCCAACCUGAUGCCCUCCAUGAUGCCGUUCAGUCCCGCCAUGCCCGCCGUCCCGCAGCCCUUCUACAACCCCAACAUCAUGUACCCGCCGUUCCCAAACACCACGCCCACGAUGAUCCCCACCCCCGGCGUCAUCGGCGUCCCCCCGUUCCUCCACCACCACCACGGGCCCUCGCGCUCCUGCACGCCCCAGUCCGGCGGCCUGGCCAACGGGGAGCGGGACGACGCCGACUCGCCCCUCUUCCACUCGCGCUGCUCCUCGCCGCUCAACCUGGUGCAGCUGGAGGAGCUGGCCGGCACCAAGGCCGAGAGCUCGGCGGCGGGACUGCUGCAGACGCCUCCCCCGUGCGGCGUGGCGCCCCAGGCCAUGUCCGUCGGCGGCCCGACCUCAAUCAGCCGCAGCAACUCCGAAGACCCCAAAGGAGACGAUAACGGGGAAACAAACGACUCCAACCACGACGCCAUGUCCACCUCCAGUGACCUUCUGGACCUGCUGCUGCAGGAGGACGCCUGCUCAGGAACCGGCUCUGCCGCCUCCGGCUCAGGGUCUUCUGGUUCCGGUUCCGGAUCCUCAGGCUCCGGUUCCAAUGGAUGCAGCACUACAGCGAGCGGCACAACGACCGGCAGCAGUAACACUAGCAAGUACUUUGGCAGCGUGGACUCCUCUGAGAACUCGCACUCCCACAAGCAGCCAGCAGGGGACGCUGCAGACGACCAGUUCAUCAAGUACGUCCUGCAGGACCCCAUCUGGCUCCUGAUGGCCAACACCGACGACAAGGUCAUGAUGACCUACCAGCUGCCCAUCAGAGACAGGGAGACGGUUCUGCAGCAGGACCUGGCCAUUCUGAAGUCGUUGCAGAAGCAGCAGCCGCGCUUCAGCGAGCAGCAAAGGAAGGAGCUGGGCCAGGAACACCCGUGGAUCCUCACCGGAGGCCUGCCCGACGCCAUCAACAUCACUUCCUGCCAAGACUGCAGUGGCAGAGCGGUCGAACCUGCGUCGUCGCCCGUCCACAAGGACGAGCCCCACGGCGACCUCGUGCUGCCCGAGGAGGUCGACGCCAGCGGCGCCCAAGCGGCCGCCGACGGCGCAGCAGAAGGGGCAGAGCGCCAGGCCGCCAGGCCCAGUCUGGGGCCUCCGAGCGACGAGGAGCUGGAGGUGACGUCGUCCGUGGAGGUGUGUGCGGAGGAGUGACGGGCACACGGCACGGCGUGAGCGCGCCGUUUCCACAGUCCCCGAGAACCGGGAGUGACCGGCGCGGUGGGCCGACCGACCGAACGACCGACCGACCGACCGCUGGGCCUCCUAGAGCCGCGGUCCAGGCCCGGCUCCGCCCACAUCCCGUACUGACUGUUCACGUUACAGCUGUGGGCUGCUCCGCCUGGACUAGUCACAAACUGACCCCGUCGUUAAUUCACUGGUCAGUCACAGUUUGUAAAUCUAUAGAUCCGAAGUCCUGGGAAGGAUCGUUUCUAUUUGAGUCAGAAUAGUCCAAGUUUAGAGGUGCUGGGUUUAUGUGGACCAAGUCAAUUGUCAGCUUGACAACAGUCUGCAAAGAGGUGUUAUGGAAAAAAUAUAUGUGAAAAGCACAUGUCCGUUUCCAGUGUAAAGGUUUAAUGGCAUGUGCCCUAAAAAAACAACAAAAAAACAACAACAACAACAAAAAACAAUCUGUGUGUGCAUUAGACUAUUGUCUAAUCUAAGUCAUGGCUAAGUGUUGCUAUGGAUUUUAAAUGUCACGUUUAAUUUCUUUGCACAGAGGCCAGAAUAAUAAGAUCUUCAGUAACUAUCGCUAUGGUUCCUUCGUGCACUGGACAUAUUUGAGUGCACUUGAAUUAAAGACAUGGAAGACAUACAUGCAGAGAUAAAGAAACCACACAAAAAAAUUUACUUUGAUUGAAAGUUUUAGAGGGUGCCUGAAAUUCCUGUUGAAGUUUGCUUUGCUGCAGUCAAUUGCAUUGGUGAGCUGGUCUCUCCAAACGGCCACACUGCCCCUUCAAACUGCCAAUGCUGCACAGGCACUGGGUUAGGACUUCAUUUCUAUAUUCCGUUAAACACUCGAACAAAACAAACUCUGCCAUGUUUACCAUGUUUUUGUAAAGGGGGUGGGGGGGUGCUUGCUUGACAUUUUUGGAACUACUUUAUUUAGAUGUUCCUUUGAAACAACUUGACCAUAAAUCUUAAAUAUGUGUUUGUUAUAUAAUCUAUUGCAAUUUACAUUUGUAAAGGUUGUAAUAUUGUGCUAUCUGUGUGUACAUGUAUAUAUGUGUACAAAGCCCAGUUGGUGGGCCUGAGAGUUGGUCCUUCUCUUAGACACCGUUCAUCAUUUUAUAUAAUUUAUUUCAGGACCUUCUUUCCUUCUGAAAGUCCUGUCCUGAGAAAAGUAUGAUGCGGUAUAAUAUGGGCAAUUUAAUGAUUGUCUAUUCUGUACAGAUGUUCUUGUCAUUUUUCCCCUUUUUUUUGUCUUUUUGAAGCUCUCAAAUGAUAUUUUUGUACUUUUCGUCACAGAGGAUGGGCCUUUGUGCAUGCAUGUCUUGUGUUUUCAUUUUUGGACAAAGGGACAAGACUACAGAAAUAGACACAGCCUCCGAUUUCUCUGGAGCCUAGAUAAGCGUUCCCAUGGUAACGCCAUUGUGUUGCUGAGUAGACAGCGGUGCUUGAGGAAGGGAAAAAAAAAACUCUGAAUAGAAGAAAGAAUCUCGCUUCUCUCAAGGUGACGUACGUACUGUGAGUGUGUGUGUAUGUGUAUGUGUGUGUGUGAGUGUGUGAAAGUGAGAGAAGCCGCUAGAGAUGUCAAGGCCACGUGCGGGUCUACGUCUGUAGAUAAGCAACACAACAACAGGACAGUCAUACAGGCUCCCAUUUUAAGUUGUGAUCUUCUCUCACGCCCAGUGCUGUAUAUACUUACCUGGGUGACUCCUCUCCGUGACCGUGACUCAUUUAGUGUGUAGCACCCACCAGGACCAGGCAACAGCGGCCGUUUGCUGCCUGAAUCUUUGCCACACACGGCAAGGCAAACCCGAGUGGUAACGCAUCACGUUAGUCACCAUUUAGGGAGCCUGGACUUUAGAUAGAGCUUGUAUAUAUAGGUCUGGGCUAAGAGGUUACCACUCGCCAUGCCUGCAUGUCACAGUAAACUUCUUUUGGGAUUGCACAGUAGAUAUCGCUGAUGGUAUCUUUUAGAGACCAUUCUGUAGUGUGUGAUGAUCACUGGAGAUGAUGUCUGUGUUGUGUCACGUGCUUCUCUCAUGCCCAUGUGUGUAUGAGGCCUAUGGUAACUGCCCCAGUGUGUCCAGUACCAGGGCCGCAUCUUGAAAGGUUUACUGUGUUGUUGUUUUUUUGUACGUGUGUAUGUGUGGGGCGUCACUUCUCUGUGUAGCAGUGUGCUCCACAGCCCCUGAGAGAAACUGAGAUUUGUUUUUUUUUCUCCUGCCUGACUUCCAUUUUGAAAUAAAAUAAAUUUGAUUCUAUACAUUGAAA